AUGCAGACUUCCAAUGGUAAUAGCAUUCACUGGUUUCGCAAAUGCUUGCGUUUGCAUGAUAAUCCAGCCCUUGUUGAAGCUGUUAAAAAUUGUCAGCAUUUUUGGGCAAUUUUCAUCUUAGAUCCAUGGUUUGUUAAAAACAUGAGAAUUGGUCCAAACAGAUGGAGAUUUUUAGUGGAAACACUUACAGAUCUUGAUUUAAGUUUAAGGAAGCUUAAUUCAAGAUUGUUUAUUCUGAGAGGUCAACCUGAGCAGAUUUUUCCAAUUGUUCAAGAGUGGAAGAUCAAACUUCUGACAUUUGAAGCUGAUACAGAGCCUUAUGCAAAAUUAAGGGAUGAAAAAAUUGAAAGCCUCAUGAAGUCUUUAGAUGUUAAAGUAUUCAAGACCAUGACAAAUACGUUAUAUAAUCCAGAACAAAUUAUUGCUUACAAUGGACAUCCACCUUUAACGUAUCAGGGCUUCCUUAAACUUGCUGAUAGAGUCGGAACACCACCUAAACCAGUCCCCUCUGUGCAUAUUUUGGAAGAAAUUCUUUCUCAAAAAGAAGUGCCUACAGUUAUUAAGAAAGAACAUGAUGAUUUGUAUGGUGUUCCAACACUUAAAGAAUUAAAUGUUGAUGAAUCAACAUUAAAUCCUUGUUUAUACCCUGGGGGAGAAACCGAAGCUUUAAAAAGACUUGAAAAAGUUCUUCAAAAAGAACCAUGGAUUUGUAAGUUUGCCAAGCCUGAUACAUUUCCCAAUUCUCUCGAGCCAAGUACAACAGUACUGAGCCCUUAUGUUAAAUUUGGGUGUUUAUCAGCUCGGACUUUCUACCACGGACUGAGAGAAGUUUAUAUGAAAAGCAAAAAUGGUUAUACAAAGCCACCAGUUUCACUUCAUGGUCAACUUUUUUGGAGAGAAUUCUUUUAUACUGUUGGCUCUGCUACUUUAAAUUUUGAUAAGAUGGUUGGAAAUGAUGUUUGUAUGCAAAUACCUUGGGAUGAAAAUAAAGAGUUUCUUGAAGCAUGGACAAAUGCUCGCACUGGUUAUCCAUUUAUUGACGCUAUAAUGACUCAAUUGAGAAAAGAAGGUUGGGUUCAUCAUUUAGCUAGACAUGCUGUUGCCUGCUUUCUCACACGAGGAGAUCUGUGGGUGUCUUGGGAGCAUGGAAUGAAGGUUUUUGAAGAAUUACUUUUGGAUGCUGAUUGGAGUUUAAAUGCUGGGAAUUGGAUGUGGCUUUCCUGCAGUGCUUUUUUCCACCAGUAUUUUCGUGUUUAUAGUCCUAUCGCAUUUGGCAAAAAGACUGACAAAAAUGGAGAUUACAUUAGAAAAUAUGUCCCAAUAUUAAAAAGAUUUCCACCUGAAUACAUAUAUGAACCUUGGAAAGCUCCAAAAAAGCUUCAAGAACAGCUUGGUUGUGUAAUAGGCCGAGAUUAUCCUGCUCCUAUUGUAGACCAUGACAAAGCUCGAGUAGAAAAUAUAAAAAGAAUGGCAGCUGCCUAUAAGGCUAACAAAACAGGUUCUACAAGUACUGAAGACAGGACUAAUGACCCAAAAAUCCAAAAACAUAAAAAUCCACAUGCAGCAAAAGUGGAGUCAAAAUCUAAAAAACGUGCAUAUAUAUUAGAAGUGACAUGCGAUUCACCUAAGCAAACCAAGCUUGUUUGGAUUGGUGCCGUAAAACGUACUUCAUCGCCAGUCUUCUCUCACUGGAUAGAAGCUUGAGUAGUGUGUUGUCAUGGCAACAGCCCUUUUGUAUUUCAGCUUGGAUUAGGCCACUUCAUUGCUUGGUUUGCUUGAGCGGAGCACACGUCACUGAUAUAUGGAUGCCUCAAUUGCCAAAUCAAUUAACUCCACCUUUUAAAAAAAUCCUCAUUUCUGCUUUAAUAGUGCUUUAUCAAUGCUUAGCAUGUGAAUUUAUAUUAAAGUUUUGGUUCAGUUCAUUUCUGACCAUGUGAUGGCAGAAAAUGUAACACGAGGGCCUAUUUACGACUACGGAUAACACCACCUUCUUCAUAACUAUUCUCAAUUUUUUUGUUUUAUAGAGUUAUUCGAUUUGGCAAGUAAGACAUCCAUAUAUACAAUCAAUUUGCGACAACUCAAACAUUUGUAUAACUUGGAUUCCUUGUCAUGUCACACAAUCCCUUUAUCUUCAGUUUCAUGUUAAAUUAUUCUCCAUAUCUCGAUGUUUGCUUCUUUUAACUCUCAAGUUUAUUUUGAUGAUUCAAAAUUUGAUAGCUAAAAGAAUGCAUACCGACAAAAAUAAAUGUGAAAAAUAAUUUCCUCUUCUCGAUUUUUACACAGUCAACUCCAAAAGCUUAAAGAACUCUUUGAAGCAGUUUGUAGUAAAAGAGUAAUACCUGUGAUUUUUCUUGUUUUAUUUUUUGCACUUAAUGGCAGAUUUGCAAGGGAAAUAAAGAGCUGUUUUCAAAAGUGUUGCUUCUUUGAUAAAACACACAGUGAGACUGACGAUUGAAGUUGAAGAAACAACUCUUGAAGAAGUUAAUGAAACAGAAUGUGAAUAUUCUGAUUUUAAUAAACUCAAUUGAAAUAUCGAAGCUGCCAUGGAAAGUUUAUUCAAAACACAAAAGAAAAUCAAAGGGCUGUUUUAGAAAAAACAUUUGUGAAGAAGCUUGAUGAGAAACUAUUUUAUGAAUUAUAAACAUAUUAAAGCUACUCAAAAUGAUGGACUAAUUUUUAAAAAAUGAAACAUGA